AAAUACGUGCUGGUCUCUGGCCCUUUUGGAAACUCAGUCCUGUGCGUAGGACGUCCACCUCAUAGGUGGUGUUUCAAAUACUAAGUGUAAAAUGCUAGAGACAGUACAAAACCCACCAGAGAGGUCCUUCCUAACACGUUGGCAUAAGAAUCCAAACGGAAUACAGGGAUAGGAGAGGUGACCUUGGGCAGUUCCAGGGAGGAGUCCAUCACCUGACUGGAAUGGGCCUUUCAGUGGGACGAGAGUGUAUUUCUUCCAACGAAACCUGAAUAACCACCUUGCGGCCUGGGACGCCGCGAGGCAGAAGUAGGCGGGCCCACUCACUUAGUGUCAAAGCGGAGGCCGCGCUUCCUGUCCGCUGUCACGUAGGCAGCGGAAAGCCGGGCCAGGCGCCUGCGCGCUGGGAAGGGUAGGCUCAGAGUGUUUUCCGGAACCCGGUGGGUGGCGGACUGCGCAGGCGGCCGGAUUCCACUCAGUUUCCGGUCCGGCGAACACCAAAGUCCAGGAAUCUAAGCAUUUUCAGUUUCUGGGAUUGUUAGGAAGCUGCAGAAGCGAGAUGGAGGUGGACGCACCGGGUGUUGAUGGUCGAGAUGGUCUCCGGGAGCGGCGAGGCUUGAGCGAGGGAGCGGGGCAGAACCUCGAUGUGCGGCCUCGGUCUGGGGCAAACGGGCUUCCCAAACACUCCUACUGGUUGGACCUCUGGCUCUUCAUCCUUUUCGAUGUGGUGGUGUUUCUCUUUGUGUAUUUUUUGCCAUGACUCGUUUGCUGAUAUCUAAAUUAAGAAGUUGGUUCUUGAGUGAAUUCUGAAAAUGGCUACAAACUUCUUGAAUAAAGAAGACAAGACUCUCAACAGAAGAAUUUCACAUCUCCAAGGGACCCUUCCUUUCAUUUUACACUUUGUUUCUAAUUUGCAGGACUCUAUUAAAUGGGUAGGAUUUCACCCAUUCCUAGCUAAGUUGUUAAAAUUAAACCAUUUGGUUCGUGUUUAAAAACUUUCCAACAUCUAAUGGCUUUACAGGGGCUGAAUAUAAAAGCAUUUAUACUUAAAG